CAGUGACCGGUCUGAGUCAAGUCCCUGCCCCCGGUCGAUCAUUCAUUCCCAGUUAAUCGACGGGUAAAGGAGGACAAGAAGCCGACUCUUGCUCGUUACCACCAGUAGCGCUGUUAGAGUUAAGAUACAGGGCAGUUGCUAACGUUGCUGUUCCACUGGUUGCUCUCUCAAGGCACCUUUUCCGCUCUCUCUAUUUCGAAAGAGGCUGCAACGCCGUCGGCGGCACAGCGUCAUUCUGUCUGGGUUCAGCCAACGGCGAAGCACAGGGACAGAAGGGGCCGAAGUCUUUGUUGGCAAUCUGAGAGGAUUGGAUCUCCAUAAACUGCAUCCAGCUUUGGAAAGAGUUAGAAGGCUUUGCAUUCGAUGGGGGCAGAACAACACUGUGCCGACGGGGUGACUCCCCCGAGACAAGUCUUCUUUUUCGACGUCGACAACUGCCUCUAUCCAAAAAGCGCCAAGGUCCACGAUCUCAUGGCCGAUCUCAUCGACAGGUACUUUGUCACCCACCUGUCUCUUCCAUGGGAAGAUGCGGUGCGGUUGCACAAAGAAUACUACCAGAACUACGGCCUGGCCAUUGAGGGGCUGGUCCGGCAUCACCAGAUCGACCCGCUCGACUACAAUGCCAAGGUCGACGACGCGCUCCCGCUCGACGGCGUCAUCAAGCCCCGGCCAGAGCUCAAGCAGCUGCUUGCCGACAUCGACAGGAGCAAGGUCAAGCUAUGGCUUCUGACCAAUGCCUACGUCAACCACGCCAAACGGGUCGUCCGGCUGCUCGGCGUGGAGGAGUUCUUCGAGGGUGUCACCUACUGCGACUACGGCACAGUCCCGCUGGUCUGCAAGCCGCACCCGGACAUGUACCAUAAGGCGAUGCGGGAAGCCGGUGUUGAGAAAUACGAGGACUGCUUUUUCGUCGACGACUCCUACCAAAACUGCAAGGCCGCACAUAGCCUCGGCUGGAAGGUGGCCCAUCUCGUCGAAGACGAUGUCAAGCCUCCGCGGACGCCGGCCUGCCAGUACCAGAUACGGCAUUUGGAGGACCUGCGGACAGUAUUCCCGCAAUGUUUCAAAUCGGGCAACGCCGGAACAAGCUGAAUGCAACUGGGGUACACAGACGCGCAGGCGCUCAUACACCGUAGACAUAUUUACACGGUAGAGGUAUAGACCGGCCCGCCUCGCUGCGGCUGCCAUGUUGCUGAUAUCGGCUGAAACGCUGGCCGUAGCACACUGAUGAUUUUGCGACGCCU